GUACGACUUCUGCGGCCACGGAACAGAAUGCUGACUCACUGUUACUUUCCGACCUCUUCUUCCGACCGGGCUACGUAACGGCGCUGUACUUACCAAUACUGUGUGUCUGGGCAUCGAAGUGCGCGGGGGCCAGUUUGGAAAGUGUCCGAAGUCCUGGCUAGAUUCAAGGUAUGUCGCGCGCGUCCAUGCUAAUACGAGCUUCCUGCACACUCAAAUUGAAGUAGGCUGCUCGGAUACCCGUGUCGUACCAAACACAGCUGCGGGACAUGAUAUUGCCCCGCUUCCUUUGGGCAGUUUGGCUGCGCAUGCCCGAUGCCCUGAGGCUCUCAGCGUAUAAGCUGCUCCUUUGGAUAGGCAAGAAACUGUAUGACAGAGGCUCGGCAUAUACUCAGCGUGUGCCGUUCGACCUGUUCAUCAAAUACGGGAGUGGAGUACGCAGGACCGAGGCUGCUGCCACCGACUACGUCGCGAAGCAUACGUCGAUCCCUGUGCCAAGGGUCCUCGAUACCUUGCAAGAUUCGAGGGGCCACACCCUGAUAUUGAUGACGAGGCUGCCUGGUUUACCUUUCGGCCUACACUAUCAAAUUCAAGACCUGACCCCCACAGAAGCGUCGGCGUUUGAAGCCACACUAAAGGAUUGGUUGUCGCAGCUUCGUGCGCUUCCUGCCCCUUCGGAGGUGGUGUGCGCUUUUGACGGUUCACCUUGUCGCUCCAAUUCCGUGAUGCACGAUCGAGACUUUGGACCAUUCUCGACCCAACACGAGUUUCACGAAUUCCUCUACACUCAGAUACCGCGCCGUUUCCACGACGACCUCCGGAAGAAGGCUACCAUGUCGCAUACAAAAGACCAUCGCAUCGUCCUGACACAUGGAGACCUUCAUCCCAACAAUAUCCUGAUGCACGACCGCCAGUUAUCGGGCUUCGUAGAUUGGGAAUGUGCAGGAUGGUUCCCGGAGUAUUGGGAGUACGCCGAUGCGGUCGAGACUCGUCCCAAUUACAAGGCCUGGUGUGACAUCUUCCAUCGGAUCUUUCCUCAGUACAAGCAAGAACUCGAGGUGGAGGGGGCGUUUCGGAAGGUGGCGAAUCCUUGGUAACAACAGUGAGUCAUUAGCGGUGAUCGUUCGAAAGUGGCUCCUGAUACAACACCAGCCUGGGUGUUCAAUCUCGGUGUACCGUUCCGUACGCACCUCAUCCGUCUUGAGGAUGAUUGUUGUUGUAUAGGUGGAUACCGUAUCGUCGACGACAUAGUUUGCUGUUUGGGUGUCUCCCGUUACCGUGUCCAAAUGUAUCUGGCUCUAAUUGCGUUUUCCCAACGCUGCAAAGCUUAGUUGCGACCCAACUUCGCGCGGUUGUGUCGAGGCGACAACUGUCCGAGAACCCUCACUGCAGUCGGCGG